AUGACGCAAACGUCUACUUAUUCUACCUGCCUACAAAGGCGUACUGACAGCCUUGGUGUGAUUCUCUACAUUCUCGUCUGUGGAUCGUUCCCAUUUCCGGGAGAAUCCCUCGGCGAUAUUCGGUGCCAAGUUCUUCGAGGUCUUGUUCGAUUUCCCUUCUUUCUUUCCUCUGCUUGUGAGCAAGUUAUACGUGGGAUGCUUCAAGUUGAGCCUUCCAAACGCCUUCGACUUGAACAAGUAAUAGCAACACCUUGGAUGCAAUCUUCUCCAAAUUUGAUCCACUACACAAAACUCUUGGAUCAGUACACCUCCAAGGCAAGACAACAACAAGCAGACGCCCUGCUACAAAGACAAUUUCCGGAGCAUAGUUCUGUGAUCACAACUACUCGGUGCCAGAGACGGAUGGAGAGUUUGGACGGAGGCCUUGUUCGAGCCUUGGCGUUAGCGACUGGAGCGAACGAGGAGGAAAUAAGAAAAGCAACAGCCCAUAAAAGUUUCGAUCGCUUGCAUGCUGGAUACGCACUCCUGAGUGAUAAAAUUGCGAGGUUUGCGGCGAAUGCAAAGUUGCGGGAGGUGGUGGAGAGUUGGAUUAAGAAUAGUGGUGCGCCAGUGACGAAUGUUUCAGGUUCUUUUUCUUCAGAGACCAAGAAGAUGUCGAUUUUUCAGUCAACCGGAGGUGGAGACGACGGGCGAUCCUCAGCGUCGAAAUUAAUGAGUUGGAGGGAAGAAGUUGAAGAAGAUGACGAUGAACCCGGAUUUGAGGCUCAACCAAAACUCAAAGCUGAGGAGGAUGAAGAUGUUUCGAUAACAGCCUCAGCAGUUCAGAACCUUUCCGUUAGCCAAUGUGCCGAUGACAAGAAUACGGGGCUAGCCUCUUAUUCUCUUCCCCAGUCUGAUCUUGUCAGCUCCUGGGUGAAUGACUUCCGAGCAAAUCGAACUGAUGUUCGAAUAGCACUAUCAAUUCUACAGGCCGACGAAUCCCAACUGAUCGAAGAAAUCUCGGAUAUGGAACCUGACUCAACAACCAAGAAUCUUCGUCGCCAUACCAUCCAAUUCCCCAGCCCGGUAAUGCAAAAUAAUCCUUUGGAAGAAACUCAUCCUUCAUUGUCUGGAGAACAUCAUCAAGAUAUUCGUGUGUAUGGUCAAAUUCAAGAACAACAGGGUCACGGAUACAUUCACAGUCAACAGGAACACGAUCUUUCAGGGGAGGGGAAGUCUCAUAUGGAAGUUGGGAAGGAAGAAAGUGGUGGAAGGGGUCCACUUAGUGGGAGAAUUCCGCGACAGAUAACACAACCAGAGCUUGGAAGCUGGAAAAUGGGGGGUUUACAACGAGAGGCACCAGGAACUGUUGUUGGCGAGAUGUCUUCGGAUAAAUCAAUACAUGGCGAUAACGUGGAUAGGGAUGAGCAAUCAAAUGAUCAAAGUUCGAAUUUAGAGGCAUCCGAAAAUGGUAUUUCAAUUGCUAAAGCCGACGGGUCUAGUUCUCGCUACUCAACCCUGUCUAUUCCCCCUUCUCCGCCAAAGCAGGUGACUAUUGAUCAGUUGGCUGAAGCUACCAAAAACUUCUACAGUAUGUCCCUCGUCCACGAAAUCAGUGUUGAUUCCAACUUCAAAGUGAGCAAGAAUGAAGAACCUGAGGAAGCGAUUUCUAAAAUGUAUGAUGAGUGUCAUCAGGGAACCUUCAUGAAGAAUGCGAAUUCAGCCAACCCCUUCGGCAUAAAUUAUGCUAGUGGCUGUUUUGCUCAGUAUUUGCCAAUGGGCAUCCAACUCGCGACCUCUGAAUUCACAGUUUGA